CUCAUAGACGUCACCACCACCACCGGAGAGGCUGGAGCGGCCAACGACACCUCGGAUGACACAUACACAGCACACACGCAGCUCCAGAUCACCAGCAGCGCAGGAGCAAGACCAUGCCAUAAUAACACCACAGCAGCAAAACGGGGACACGCCGCCGCACUGCGAAGCGAAGGAGGUGUGUUGCAGCUGCUCAGGAAUGUCCACCGUGCAGCCCUGAAGACAACAUGAAACGCAAGAGCGAGAGGAGACGAGCUGAGUCGAAGAAAAAGCGCUGUGCAGCUCACAACAGCUCAGAGGCGGAGCCUAACUCUGAUAUUUACACUGAGAUAACAGAUCAACUGUAUUUCGCCAUACUGAAGCAAAAGAUCAAGAGCACAGCUGAGCGACACUGUUUCUGCAUAGAUGAAGAGCUGGCAUAUGAGAACUUCUAUGCGGACUUUGGUCCCCUUAACCUGGCCAUGUUUUAUCGCUUCUGCUGCAAGCUGACAAAGAAGCUCAAGUCCAUUACGCUCUCAAGGAAGAAGAUCAUAUUUUACACCUGUGGAGAUCAGAAGAAACAAGCCAACGCUGCCUACCUGAUCGGCUCAUAUGCAGUAAUGAAUCUAAACAUGACGCCAGAGGAGGCAUACAGUCUGCUGGUGUCAAGGAACUCAACAUAUAUUCCAUUCAGAGAUGCUUCGUUUGGAACCUGCAUGUACAAUUUGGACAUCCUCGACUGCCUUCGGGGUGUUCACAAGGCUCUGCAGUACGGCUGGCUCGACUUCUCCAACUUUGAUGUGGAAGAAUAUGAGCACUAUGAGAGGGCAGAAAACGGAGACUUAAACUGGAUUAUUCCAGGAAAGUUCCUUGCGUUCAGCGGGCCUCAUCCGAAAAGCAAAAUAGAGAAUGGGUACCCUUUGCACGCUCCUGAGGCCUACAUCCCAUACUUCAGAAAUCACAACAUCACCACUAUCAUCAGGCUCAACAAGAAGAUGUACGACGCCCGGCGUUUCACGGAGUCUGGCUUUGAGCACCACGAUCUGUUCUUUGUGGACGGGAGUACACCAAACGACUCCAUCGUCAGGAAGUUCCUAAACAUCUGCGAGAAUGCAGAAGGAGCCAUUGCGGUCCACUGCAAAGCUGGUCUUGGGAGGACAGGCACUCUGAUUGCCUGUUAUAUGAUGAAACAUUACUGCCUGAGCGCUGCAGAGGCCAUCGCCUGGAUACGGAUUUGCCGACCAGGGUCCAUCAUUGGACCUCAGCAGAACUUCAUUGAAGAGAAGCAGAACAGCCUGUGGGCAGAGGGGGAUGUUUUCCGGGAGAAGAUGCUAAAUGAACGAGAGAACGGAAAGAUGGCUGUAACCAGGAUCCUGUCUGGUGUGGAUGACAUAACAAUCAACGGGAGCAACAAGAACAGGACAACCAAGAAAGAAGAAAUGGACCUGUAUAAUGAUGAUGAGGAGAGAAAUGGCCUCACACAGGGCGACAAACUGCGAGCCCUGAAGAGCAAGAGGCAAGCCAGAUCGUCCUCGGGUUCACUAUCGCAGGUGGUAGUGUUCUGCUGCAGCCUCAUGGGCACGGUGUGGCCGAUGUGUUGCCUGCCGUUCAAAAGAUAGCUGAGAGAGGCAGAGAAAGAGUGGGGGAGAGGAAAAACAGAGAGAGGAUGUGAGGUUUUGUAUGAUGGAGGUAAGUGCACGUCACUUCCUUUUUUUAGCUGACAUCCUCUUCCUGUAGAGAUGGUUGCUAUGCCAGUGAAUGGUAUGGCUGAUUUUGAAGUUGUUUUUUUUUUCUUUCUUUCUUUUCUGUCUUUCUUUGGAUGGUGUGAAGUGGAUAUGCACUUGGUGGAUGCAUUACAUUUACACGCCUUUCAUUAUCUGCCCCUCAUAGACGCACUGAGCUGAUCUGCUUUGAUAUCGAGGCUUAUCUGAGAUAUCCUCUGAGUUACAGUAAAGCUCUCAAGUUGAGCCCGCUGUACUUGUUAGCAACAGCACCAAUUAUUCAACUAAUCACAGUUUUACGCAAGAUCUGGAUUAGUUGAAUUCAUGUUCUAGUGCUUGGCUUGCACUACUGACUUGGCACAUCUCAAGAAAAAAAGUAGCAAGGAAAAAUGGGUCCUCGUUCUGAUCUGCAGUAGGUACUUAUUGUUUGGUGAAGUAGCUAACUCCUGCUCAACUAUUUAAGCUGUAGGUAUUUUUGGAAUUUGCCAGCAGUGUUUUCAUGUUAGAAUGAUUUUUGCCUGAGGCGUUCUUUGAGUUUAAUUAUCUGCUUUAAAUAGCAUUGUUGGGCUGGUAAAUUCCUCCUGAUCGUCAUUCUAGCACAGAGGAUUAUAAAACAUCAUAUGUGAGCUUCUGAGGAGGCAGCAGGAUGAAAACGUGUUUUUGAUCCGUUCUCAGGAGGUAGUCGAGGCAGAAGGGAGAUUUUUUCGCACUUCAGGCCAUAUGCCUUAUCAGUGUAUGCGUUGCUACACAAACCUCUAACUUCCAGCUGAACUUCACCAUCUGGCUCCACUGUUUGUUUUAUUAUGUAAUACCGAAGUGCAUGUCGAAUUCCAGCGAUGAUUAGAACGACGAUUUUAUGAAAACGCUCUUUUCUGCCCUUUCAUGCAUGGCAACAGGCACGAAAACCCUUGGACAUGCACGCAUGGACAUGCCUCUGUGUUUGAUCUCUGUUUAUGUCUAACAUGUAAUUAAUGUUGGGCCGGGUUCAUUGUCGAUUGCCUGUUGUUUUUCCAUUGCUUUUGUGACUGGAUCAGUGUACACAUACCAUCUGAGCUUUGGAUACUCCUUCAGGUUUCUGUCUCUGCCAGCUUCUUUUUAAAUGGUCCGUUUUUGUGGAACAAAUUCGAUAAUGGAGACUUGAAUAUUUUACCAUUUCUAGACAUGCUGUUAGUAUUAGAGCUUGGCAGAUAUAUUGGCAAAGUAAUAGCUAUCAAAAUAUAUUUGGGCACAAAUUGCUGUCCCUAAGUGUUUUUUAUAGUCUGCAUUUUUAUUUUUAUGAACACAAAUGAAAAUUCCAAGUUUUAUUUACAAUAAAUUCUGGGUAGAAAAUCCUGUCGUCACGUACAUGACAUCAAAUGGUGCUGAACAAACUCGGCCUCAGUUAGUUUUCAGCCACCUAAAAAAAAGUCAAAGUAUAAGUGUAUGCUGUAGCUGAUUCCGAGGAGGAUUGAAGCCGUUAUAUCAAAUCCAUUAGAAACAGUAAUUUAACUUAGCAGAACACUGAGUUGCUGGUCUACCACAGCACUGAAUGGUUACUAAAGCGGUGCAAAUAUUAAAAUAUAGCAUACACUUACCGAUAUUUACUUAUUACAAGGCAAAAAUAUGUUUUGCUGUGACCUCAUCCACUGUAGUACAUUAACUUCCAUGCUGGUACAUUUAGUUUAUAGAUUAUAAUAAAGCAACGGUGGAAAUGAAAUAAUCACAGCAGAGAGGUCAGGUAGGUCAUACCAGUGUGUUUAACUAUUCAUCCUUAAACGUUACAGCUCUAGCUUAAAAUGUGAUUGCGCAUUUCUCCGCGGUUGUAAUCAACUGCAAGUUGUCUAUCUGAAAGUGAUUGUUAGUGUGAUGUCACAGUGAUUCGCUCUAUAGUGAACGGAUAGUCGAAUAUCCGUAAAGAACAGCCAAAUCACAUUAAACUGGCGUAACUCAGAGUCGGGUACAGCUCUUCAAUUGAUGUGUUUGUUCACCGCUGUUUCAAUCUCUGUUCAUGAUGCAGAGGUUUCCUACCCGUAAGUCAUUGCAAACAAACAUUGUGGUGUGGUCUAUAUACAGUAUUAACUUUAUUUGUUUGCUCUAAAAUAUUGUACUUGUUUUCAUUUGUUUUUUUUAUUGUGAUUUAUAUCUACUGUUAAUUUCAACUGUAAAAGAACCUGCUUGGUAAUAUAUAUCUGUCAUAACUGCAAAAUAACUAAGUUAUCAUAAUUGUCCAAAAUGUUUAAGUCUAAAUGUGUAAAACUUGAUUAUCACUCAGUGUAUUAUUAGCUUUUUACUCUGAAAUAUCGACAUCUUCCUUAAAAUGUCCACAUCGGUCAUUUUCCAAGUUUAAAGCAAAGUGCUAACACAUCAGAGCAAGUGAAGAACAAAAACUUGCUGACUGGCUCUGUUGGAUGCAAGGCUCUUUGAAAGGUAUUUCAUCUAAUCCAGUCCCAGUGGAAAAGCUGAACAUCAGAGGCUUUGUGUCCUGCCCGGACGUCUCUUGUCUCUCCUUCCUUUUUUUCCCCUUUUUUCCGUUUGCUCUUGUUGUUGGAUUUGUCCUCCUUUCAGAUGGCUGGUAGCCAUGCUGCUCUCCUCCCUGUGUAGCCUUGCCCUGUGGUGGAUUGUGUAUGGCUUCCCUUCUUCCAUCCUGCAUUUCUGUA